UCAAGACAGGGUUUCUCUCUGUAACAGUCUUAGCUGUCCUGGAAUUAGAUCUUGUAGACUAGGCUGGCCUGGAACUCAAAGAGAUCUGCCCGCCUCUACCUCCCAAUUGCUGGGAUUAAAUUCCACUCAGCUGGAAGACAUAUUUUCAUACUGCCUUUUGGUUCCCCGUUCACAUUUUCAUGUUUAUAUCUGAUCAAGUUUCAAGAUUAAGAAGGGAUUUUUCAAGGAACUAGUUACAACAGAAACCUCUUGUUUAAAAAAACUUAAAUCAUGCUUUACCCACAACUAUUCUAAACUAUUUCUCAUAAGGAAGAAUAUUUUCAUAAUGUGCUUUGUUAUCAGUCUUGUUAAUUUAGCUAGGUUUCCAAAUCCUUUACACUUAAGUUUUGAUCAUCUUUUGCUUAAAUCAUGACGCACACUGAACCACAAAUGCUGUCUAGUAACUACUGACACCACCGUGUGGACUUUUGUUGGAAAGUAAUGAUUGCAUAGUAAGUAUAACUGAUGACACUUGAGAAGCAGUGUGGUUUAGUAGACAACAGGCAGAAUGAGGAAUGAAGCAACUGCAUAGAAAUUGGUUUGUUAGCACAUUGAAAUGCUUCUCAGUAAUUUAAUUAUCUCAGAUACUUCCUUUCUAUAAUCUUUUGACAACGGUACUCUUUCAUAAGAUCUUUGUGGACUGUUUUAUACCGUAAUAUCAAAUAUACUUAGUUUAUGGAUUUAGGUAUUUAAAAAUUCUGCCCCAGAUGCCUGUAAGCCAUUUGGUAUGUUAGUUCUUCAUUUUUUGGUUGGUUUUACAGUAGAUACCAUUUGAAGAAAUUAUUGUCCUUGUAUUGAGGAUAUAGCUCAGUAAAAGUGCUUAGAAUGUGCAGAGUUCAUGCCAGGUGGUGGGUGCCAGGUUGUGAUGGCGCAUGUCUUUAAUCUCAGCACUUGGGAGACAGACGAGAGCACCUCUUUGAGUGUGAGGCCAGCCUGGUCACAUAGUGAGUCCCAGGAGUACAUAGACCGUGUCUCAGCCAAAUCACGUAGCAGAGAGGGCUCCAGGCAUGAUGCCUGGAACACUAGGUCUCACUGGGAAGCUGUUGGAGCCAGACUGAUAGCCGUGCACACCAGGGCUCAGGAGGCAGAGGCAGGAGGAUCUCUGUGAGUUCAAGGCCAGUCUGGUCUACAGAGCAAGUUCCAGAACAGCCAGGGCUAUUAAACUGAAACCCUGUCUUGAAAAACAAAAGACAGAUAAAUGGGUAAAAAUACAGGUGUCAUUUCAAGUUGACUCAGACAUUUCAGAGACUGGUAGUGAACCAAAAGGUGAGGUCAGUCAGGAGGUUAGAGAAUUACACAGAAGACGUCCCCCCUAGGACUGCCCUAGCUGUAGGCCACAGUCCUCAGGUGAAUUACACAAAAGAUGUUCCCUAGCUGUAGGCCACAGACCUCAGGUGAAUUACACAAAAGAUGUUCCUUAGCUGUAGGCCACAGUCCUCAGGUGAAUUACACAAAAGAUGUUCCCUAGCUGUAGGCCACAGACCUCAGGUGGAUUACAUAAAAGAUGUUCCCCAGGACUCCCUUAGCUGUAGGCCACAGAUCUCAGGUGUAAAGAAUUUGUGUCAAAGUAUCUGAGAACACAUCUCAAGAAGCAAGGGUCAGCCAGGGAGAUAGGGCCCCGUGGCUCCCAGCUGCCUUCCAUGGGGCAGCUGCAGUGUCCACCCUUCACCUUGCAUGGCGUCAUUCCAGAGACUCCUGUCCAGUAGAUCUUAACAUUUACCAAGUGGCCUAGAAUCCAACGCAUAUUUUGAGCUAAGUGGGUGUACACCUGGAGCUUCUAACUACCAGGGAAGUGGAGGCAGGGCCAGCUUCCACAACAUAGUGAACUCCCCAGGUUUCUUUUAAAGGCCUAGAGAGAUGGUGCAGGUUAGGUGGUUAAGAGCCCUGGCUGCUUUUUUCCAGUUUGGUUCCUAGCACCCACAUGGUUAACAAUUCACAACUGUUAACUCCAGUUCCAGGGGACCUGAUGCCCUCCUUGGGAUUCCAUGAGCACCUGGCACAACGAUGGUACACAGAAACACAUUGAAGGCAAACAAAGUAAAAGUUUAAAGAAAUAGCAUGCUCCCCGCCCCCUAAGAAAGUCAGGCAUGGUAGCACUGGCCUUUAAUCCCAGAACUCAAGGGGCAGGCAGGGAGGGAGACGUGGAAAUACUGGGCUAGGGUGACUUGCCCCUUUAAUCUCAGCAUUUAGGGAGGCAGAAGCAGGAGGAUUUCUGUGUGGCAUUCCUUUCUCCCUCCUGUACUGCUGAAAUACCUUCCCUUUGUGUCCCUGUGAAUCAUAUGGUCAUAUUCAUAGGAUCAUAAUUGUAGUGUCAUAGGGGGCAUUUAGUAUAGGCUGGUUGAGUAUUUAAUGGGGUUCCCAUUUCUGCUCCAAAGCCUGGCCCCCUUUCCCAGCUUGCUCUGUCCAUCUGGUCUCCUAUGUAGGCUGUGCUCUAAUCAAAAGGGAAAACCAGAUUUAGAUGCCCAGAGUCUGAGGACAUUCCCAGACCUUUCUUGACCUUUUCACUCAGAGGACCAGCAAGAGUUAAGUAGUCAUGCAGCCGGGAAAGGAUACAGAGGCAAACCUUGGCCCUGGGGGAGGUCACUCAACACCCCCGCCCUGAGUCAGUGGCUGCCUCUGACAUCAGCAACAGCUGUGAGCCUCGGUGUUCCAGUCUGCCCACACUCCCUCCUCCUUCCUCGGAAUGCCAUAAUUCUCCACACAACAGCAAUAGCAGGACCUUGAACAUUAUCUGCGCGGCUUGUCCCGCGCAACCCCCUCCCAACUUCCUAGCACCUUAGUUGAAGGCAGAUCCACGUGUGUCCGAGGCUGCACGUGUACCAAGAAUGGGUGCGGAGAAGCUCGGGCAGCCAGCACACACUGCCUAGGCACGGGCUGCAGAGGAACAGCAAGCUUCUGUCUUCCCUGGGACUCACUGAGGGCCGGGAGCGUCACUCCCAGGCAGGCUUCCUGAGCCAAGAUAUGCCUGUAUCUUUUGCUGCUUUCCUAAGCCGUUCCUCCACGGAGGAGUAAGAGUCCACUCUGUCCGCAUAAGAACUGAGUGCUGGAGCCAGCAGCAGGUUUGGAGAGGAAAGCGAUACCUGUGUCUGGGACGUAAUCCCAUAGAAGAUGAUGAUGGCAGUGCGUGCCUGUAAUUUCAGCACUUGGGAGACAGAGGCAGGAGAACUGGGAUUUCAAGCUCCUCCCAGCUACAUAGCAGGUUUGAGGACGGCCCAGGUUAGACACUGUCUUAAAACAACCCCACAGAAGAAACAGGCACUGGCAGAUCAAGCACCGGGCUACACCUUUCCACGGCACUGAUUGGGAGGGUGCGAUCAGGGACGAGCUACUAGAAAGCUGGGAUGGAGGAAAAUGAACACUGGCAGAAGAGGAGUUACAGCCAGCGGGUCUUGGGGACCAGAUCUUGGGACCUUGAGUGCCUCAAGGCAGUAGCUCUCAGAACAUCUCAUACAACUCUACCAGGCCGGAAAUGUAGGCAGAUUGUAGGACUCAGCUAUCCUGUAUGGUUCCAUGUAUGUCCUUUUAUCCUUGACAGGGGUCGGGGUGGAUCUUGUCAUGACUCAGCACAGCAGUGAAUGGAUACAGAAGUCAAAUGCCAGCUGCAGAAUGGGGGGACCAGGCAAUCUAAUGAGAUUGUAGACAACAAUCUUGCUAUAGGAGUUUGACUUAGAAGCAGCCUCAAGGCACCUCCGAAAGGAAGAGCGCUUGGCAGAGCAGUGCUGGGACCUAGAGCUUUGUCCCCGCCUGGCAUGCUGGGAACAACCGAGGCACUUCAAAGGCUCUGUGGAUCUGUGUCCAGUACCAAAGGCUUCCCUGCCUGCAAAAACUGAUAGUAGAUAAUCCAAAUAAAUUGCCAUUCCCACCUUUGCACACAGGCCAAGUCCUGGAGCAGGGCUGGCCCAGCCUCAGCUGCAUGAGGAAAGGGCGAGGAAGCAACAGGAUGUAGCCUAGGCCCACGUUACUCUCGGCUAGGGAGCUUACAGAAUGGGACAACAUAUCCACAGUCUCCUGACUUUGAAUGGGGCUUUGGGAAAGGUGGUAUCAUUGAGUGAGCAAAUAAAUGAUCCGUUGAACACACAGGGUGUUCGGGAGGACACUGGUAGAAGGAACCAAGGCCUAUCCAAGGAUUUAGGCUAUUGCUCUACCCAUGCCGCUAACAUCCUGUUUGUUUUUGAGCUGAUCACUGUCACCCUUCAGGCCUGAUUGAUGGUCUUGUUUUUUUUUUUUUUUGAGAUAGGCCUUGGCUCUUCAAUGUUGACUAGGCUGGCCUUGAACUGAUGAGAUUUACUUGUUUCUGUCUCAGAAUGCUGGGAUUAAAGGUGUGUGCCACCAUACCUGGCUCUGGUCUUGUACUGUUAAUUUACUCCUCUUUGGUUCUUUUGCCCUGGCUCUCUCUCUGACAGCGUUCUUAUAUGGAGGUGAUCCACCUCGGUCAGUGGACGCUGAGCUUGAGGAUGGGGCUUAAAGUCUGCAUUUAAAACUUUUGAGAAGCUGUAUGCCCUCUGUCCAACUGCCCCAUCCCAGUGGCCUGUUUCCUCCAUCUACUGAGCCCGGCCCUCUCUGCUCCCUUCUACGCACUCUGCCCCCUCCCACCUUGGCCAUCGCUGCAGUGUGAGGCAAUCAUUCCAUCCUUGACCCUCUGCACAGUGACUGAUGGCUUUUUUAUCUCCGAGUGAUGAUGCACAGCCUUCCGCUGGAAGCAUUUAAGGCAGAGCACUUGGUUCAAACCACAGCUGCAGGACUCAAGGCCUUGAACGGCUCAGGAAGAGCAAACCCUUGAGGCGGCCACAUUGCAGUACGGUACUGCCACAUCUGCCUUCAAACUAUGUUGCUAGCCACAUUUAAGCUGUGUGCUGGAAGCUCCUACAGACACAUGCGGAACAUGAAAGGACUGAGGCACCAAGCUGUGCUGGCCAUUGGCCAGGAGCUGAACCGGAGAACAUUGGGAGAUGCCAGUCCUGGGUGGAUCAGUCAAGUUCGGCGCCGGAGCUCUCUGCUUGGUUCUCAGCUGGAAGCGACACUCUUUAGUGAGCAGGAGCUGUCCUAUAUCCAGCAGGGAGAGGUGGCCAUGCAGAAGGCCUUGGGCAUCCUCAGCAACCAGGAAGGCUGGAAGAAGGAGACCCAGCAGGAAAAUGGCGAUGAAGUGCUGAGUAAAAUAGUCCCAGAUGUGGGCAAGGUGUUUCGGUUGGAGGUGGUGGUAGACCAGCCUAUGGACAGACUCUAUGAAGAACUCGUGGACCGCAUGGAGGCGAUGGGAGAAUGGAACCCAAACGUCAAGGAGAUCAAGGUCCUGCAAAAGAUCGGGAAAGACACAGUCAUCACCCACGAGCUGGCUGCAGCAGCAGCAGGAAACCUGGUGGGGCCCCGAGACUUUGUGAGCGUGCGCUGUGCCAAGCGCAGAGGCUCCACCUGUGUGUUGGCAGGCGUGGCCACACAUUUUGGGGAGAUGCCCGAACAAAGCGGUGUCAUCAGAGCUGAGCACGGUCCCACCUGCAUGGUGCUUCACCCAGUGGCUGGAAGUCCCUCAAAGACUAAAUUCACUUGGCUCCUCAGUAUUGACCUCAAGGGGUGGCUGCCGAAGACCAUCAUCAACCAGGUCUUAUCGCAAACCCAGAUGGACUUUGCCAACCAUCUGCGAAAGCGUCUGGAGUCCAGCCCUGCCUCUGAAGCCCGGUGUUAACUGUGCCCACUACAGCAACCUGUACACCGUCCGCAGACUCCCUCAGGAAGCCUUCAAGUCCGGUUAAAACCUUCAGCUGGUGUAAUGGGAGGAGCAGCUAUCAGAAUCUAGGGCUGGCUGGUAAAAAUAGGCCAUCAGGAAAAUAGAAAUGAGGCUGAGAAGAAAAGACCUCUAGCCCCUCCCAACCGAUUAGCUGUGAAGUGGAGGCUAAGGGAUAGACAUCUGUUACACCAUUUUUAGGCUCAUAUAUGCUCACUUAAAAAACCCUACUCCAAAUCCAGCAGCUGACAUGACAAGGUGGGGUGCUCAAGCAGCGUGCACAAAGCACAGCUUUACACGGGACUCCAGUGACCUGCUCACAAACUACCCACAGAUGGAGCCUUCCCCAGCAUAUUCCAAGUUUUGUCUGAGAAACAAAACUAGUUAUUGUGCUGGCUCCCCUACUUCCUCCGUCACAAUAAAGACCAUCCAUGCAAAUCUCA